AUGUCGAAGGAGGACGCACCCAAGGAGCCUUCUUACGACGACUAUGUCGAGCGAAUCCACUACAGCGACAAGUACAACGACGACGAGUGGGAGUACAGACACGUGAUCCUACCCAAACCGAUGCUCAAGCUGCUUCCCGAGAGCUACUUCGACCCGUCCGAACCGGGCGUGCUGCGCAUCCUCUCGGUCAAGGAGUGGCGCGAGAUCGGCAUCACCCAGAGCAUGGGUUGGGAGCACUACGAGGUGCACGCGCCCGAGCCGCACAUCUUGCUCUUCCGCAGGGAGAAGGAUUUCCUGGAAAAGUACCAAGCACAAGCACAACAACAGCAAGCAGCGUCAACAGCAGCAGCAGCGGCUAACGGCAAAAAGUGA